GGCUCCAGUUGGUCGUACCACCACCCUGAGUCGCCUGGGUGUUUUGGCCCUCAUUGGAUGACUUCUCGAAAGAGUACUUGCUUAGAGAAAAACGCAAACAGUCAGAAGAGGAUGCCAUUGCUUAGUCGUUUUGGCGUUGCGGUUCUUGAUGGUCCGUGCGAACCUGAGACGCAGCUGCUUGCGUGGAGUGCAGGGAGCGCAGUGUGGGGGCAUGAACUCAUCGACCACGAAAAUACCAGACGCUCUCGGGAUUGAAUGCAUCAGAUGCCAUAGGGAUGACCAAGGAGGAAGAAGACAGAGCUUUCUCAGCAUGGUUAUCGCUAUUCAUUGCGGGCCUGCUAGAUUGGAUACGAUGGAUUUGGGGCAACACCCAUUCAAAAACUCCCCUCCAAGUCUUGAGUGCACAACUGAAGACCUCGGAGUCUUACCAAGAGUACGUUGGCCGAGCGGACGUCAUUGACCAGUACUACGAGUUCGAUGUCUGGCGACAACAGCAACCAUCCCGGAAAUACGACUGGCAGCUCCUACGAGGGCGCGUUGACGCGAUGGCUCGAGCACGACAAAACGGUGACCUAUCCGCCCUCGUCGAAGGUCUUCGGAGCGGACUCCUCCGCAAUCUGGGAAAUUUGGCAAGCAAGGAGCUUCACAAGAAAGCGUUUGUCGGUACAAAGUUCCUGAUCGAGGAGUACAUCGCAGAAGUCUGCGCAUCACUUCGGUACCUUUCACAAGUACCGACGACAGACUCGACUCCGAACUCAGCACAGCGCAAGUUUAACUUCUUUCGCGAGACGAGACAGAGUUUCGGGCGAACGGCACUUAUUUUACAGGGUGGAACGGUCUUUGGGCUCUUUCACCUCGGCGUGAUCAAAGCUCUUCAUGAGCAAAACACGCUACCGCGAAUCAUCGCCGGGCAUACAGUGGGCGCACUCAUCGCGGCGCUUGUAUGCAUUCACACCGAUGACGAGCUCCCAUCUUUCCUUUCCUCACAAGCUAUCGACCUCUCCGCUUUCCGCGACCGCUCCGGUAGCAGCUGGGCCCAACUCUACCGAAAACUUACGCGACUCAUCACGAAGGGCGUCUUACUGGACGUCAAAGUCCUCGAACGCUGCGUGGCAGACAACGUGGGCGACACAACAUUCGAAGAAGCCUACAAACGCACCAAACGAAUCCUAAACAUCACCAUCUCCGGCGGCGCAGGCGCCGAGGAGAGUGGAUUGUUGAAUUACCUCACCGCACCCAACGUCCUAAUCAGAACCGCCGCCCUAGCAAGUCUCGGCACCGACAAAGUUGAACUCCUAGCAAAAGAAGAAGACGGAACAGUUGUCCCGUGGGAUCUUGCAUACUCCUACCGCAAACGCCCGUCAACACCCAAGAAAAGCAUUUCGGCUGAAUCACCCUACACUCGCAUAACCGAACUCUUCAACGUAAACCACUUUAUCGUCUCCCAAGCCCGUCCAUACCUCGCCCCCUUCCUCUCUUCCGAUUCAUCCGAUUUGCAUAAACACCAUACACUCCUUCCAUCGAUCCUCCGUCUCGCUGCACUGGAGAUUAAACAUAGAUUACAACAACUGGAUAGUCUUGGACUGUUACCGGCGAGGGUGAGGAGAUUUGUGGUGGAUGAGUAUGUACCGAGUCAGGGAGAUCCGGUUGUCAUCGUACCGGCGCUCUACGCGAGUGACGCAGGCAAGAUGUGGAGGAAUCCAACUAAGGAGAUGAUUGAAUAUUUUGUCUUGAAGGGAGAGCGGGCAACAUGGCCCGCAUUGGCGUUGAUUGACGUACGACUACGAAUUGAGUUGACGCUUGACAGGAUAUUCCUUGAGAUCAAAGAGCAGGAUGAGGCGGCUUUUGCGAUGCCGAGGGAGGGGGUGGAGGAUAGUGAGGGUUCGUCGAAUGGGACGCCGAAGAUUGCAGCCAAGGUGAUUAUUACGAGGAAGUUGAGAGCGCAGUCGGUGACGUGAUGGUAUCUCAAGGGGAUAUUAUUGAGACGAUCGCAUAUGGACAUUAGGAUUUGCAAUGAUUCUGACCGUAGCUGACUGGAUCUGUCCAACCACCUUUCAAGCACAAGGGA